UCCAAUCCUCUCAGACACUCGCGUGCAUCUCGGCAAGUACCAGCUCACCUCGGAAUCCCUUCAGAAGAUGCCACCCAAGAAGAUUGAACCGAAGAAACCUGAGCUGAAAAAGCCAGAACCCAAGAAAGAUGUGGCUCCAGCGAAACCAGUAGCAGCUCCAGAGCCGGUGCCGGAGGCUCCCAAGGAGCCCGAUUUUGACCCCAAAAGCAUCACCCUCGAGUACACCUCCGACCAGAUCGAGGAGUUCAAGGAGGCCUUCACCCUGUUCGACCGCACACCCACUGGGGAAAUGAAGAUCACCUUCGCCCAGUGCGGGGACGUGAUGCGAGCUCUCGGCCAGAACCCGACUAACGCCGACGUGCUGAAAGUGCUCGGGAAACCGAAGCCGGAGGACAUGAGCACGAAGAUGGUGGACUUCGAAACCUUCCUGCCGAUGCUCCAGCACAUCUCCCGUUCAAAAGAUCAGGGCAAUUUUGAGGAUUUUGUGGAGGGGCUCAGGGUUUUCGACAAGGAGGGCAACGGCACCAUCAUGGGAGCGGAGCUGCGUCAUGUGCUGGCAACGCUGGGAGAGAGAAUGACAGAAGACGAGGUGGACAGACUGAUGGCGGGACAGGAGGAUGCCAAUGGGUGUAUCAACUAUGCCUCCUUUGUGAAGCACAUUCUUUCCGGCUGAAUGGGACAUUAAAGCAUUUUAAGACUUUUCUGGAACCUUACUAAACAUUUGUCGAUUUAGAGGUGCGCGCUUGACUUAGUCGCUGACAUUUUUUUUUUUCCACUGUCAAAUGAAGAAGUUACCGCUCUGUGAAAAAAUGAUGACAGCUAGAUUAGCUCUUUUUAACAAACACACUGAAAUAUAAUUAAAUGCCCGCGAGAUACCAUGGACGUCCAUGAAGAAAAGCCCAUUAAUAAAGGAAAAUA